AGUUUGUCCGCAGCUUCCGGUCAGAGAAGGCGCAAAGAAAUUCAACCCAACUGUCUGAUAGUUCUCUCUCCUCGGUGACCUGGGUCCGGUGACUGCUGGUGUUCUCAGACCCUGGGAGAUACGGACUGGACUCCCCCACUGUGCUGAAAGCUAGUUCAGAGGAAACUGCAGAAGGGCAAUGGCGACGCUGCAGAAACUCCCCCAGAGCAGAAUGCUGGUCCUCCUGUGCGCACUUUGGGCCGCCCUGUGGGAGGCCAAAGCUGGACAGAUCCGCUACUCCGUGCCGGAGGAGAUCGACAAAGGCUCCUUCGUGGGCAGCAUCGCCAAGGACCUGGGACUAGAGCCCCAGGCUCUGGAAGAACGAGGGGUCCGCAUCGUCUCCAGAGGUAAGUCGCAGCUCUUUGCUCUGAACCCGCGAAGCGGCAGCCUGGUCACCGCAGGCAGGAUAGACAGGGAGGAGCUGUGCGCCCAGAGCACGCCCUGUUUGGUGAACUUUAACCUACUACUGGAAGAUAAAUUGACUAUUUAUUCUGUGGAGGUGGAGGUAACAGAUGUUAAUGACAAUGCUCCUCGCUUUGGAGUAGAGGAUCCAGAACUAAAAAUCAGUGAAACAACUACACCAGGAUUCAGGAUUCCUCUUAAGAGUGCACAUGAUGCGGACGUUGGAGAGAACACCCUCCAGAAGUAUAAACUCAACUCAAAUGACCACUUCUCUCUGGACGUGCGAACUGGAGCGGAUGGGAACAAGUACCCAGAGCUGGUGCUCGAACGUGCCUUGGACCGCGAGGAAGAGGCUGUUCAUCAUCUGGUUCUAGUCGCCUCUGACGGGGGCAAUCCAGUGCGAUCUGGCACCUGCCGCAUCCGUGUGAAGGUCUUGGAUGCAAACGAUAACGCUCCUGCUUUUACACAGGCUGAGUAUCGUGUGAGAGUUCCUGAAAAUACGCCCGUAGGCACCCGGAUACUCACAGUGACAGCCACUGACGCGGAUGAGGGAUACAAUGCUCAAGUGACUUAUUUUCAGGAGCAUGACCCUGGAGAAACUACAGAUGCAUUUGAGCUAAAGUCAACAUCUGGAGAUAUAACAAUCACAAAAAGUCUGGAUUAUGAGAAAGCUAAAUUCCAUGAAAUCGAUAUUGAGGCUCAGGAUGGCCCAGGCCUUCUGACUAGGACGAAAGUAAUUGUCACCGUUCUAGAUGUCAACGACAAUGCCCCGGAAUUUUACAUGACAUCUGCCACUGCUUCUGUGCCUGAAGACGCUCCUCUGGGAACGGUAAUUGCACUCUUCAAUGUGCAUGAUAGGGACUCUGGGCAGAAUGCUGUCGUCACGUGUUCACUUCCCGAAAUGCUUCCUUUCAAGUUAGAAAGGUCGGUGGACAGUUACUACCGACUGGUUACAACCAGAGCCCUUGACAGGGAACAGUUCUCCUUCUAUAACAUCACUGUAAGCGCCAAAGAUGGAGGGAGCCCAUCUCUGUCCACAGAUGCACACCUUUUGCUGCAGGUGGCAGAUAUCAAUGACAACCCACCCUCCUUCCCCCGGAGGGUCUACUCUGCCUACAUUCCUGAGAACAACCCCAGAGGCACCUCCAUCUUUUCAGUGCUGGCCUCUGACCCCGACAGUAACGACAAUGCCCACGUAACCUACUCUUUAGCUGAAGAUAGCUUUCAAGGAGCACCCCUGUCCUCCUACGUCUCCAUCAACUCAGACACUGGAGUCCUCUAUGCUCUCCGCUCCUUUGACUAUGAGCAGUUCCAAGACUUGCAGCUGUGGGUGAUAGCAGCAGACAGUGGGAACCCUCCACUGAGUAGCAAUGUGUCCUUGAGCCUGUUUUUAGUGGACCAGAACGACAACACCCCUGAGAUCCUGUACCCUGCCCUCCCCACUGAUGGGUCCACUGGUGUGGAACUAGCGCCUCGAUCUGCAGACCCUGGAUACCUGGUGACCAAAGUGGUGGCAGUAGACAAAGACUCAGGACAGAACGCUUGGCUGUCCUACCGCCUGCUCAAGGCCAGUGAGCCAGGGCUCUUCUCAGUGGGACUACACACAGGCGAGGUACGAACUGCUCGGGCCCUGCUGGACAGAGACGCUCUGAAACAAAGCCUGGUGGUGGCUGUGCAGGACCAUGGCCAACCCCCUCUCUCCGCCACUGUCACACUCACCAUAGCAAUAGCUGACAACAUCCCCGAAGUCCUGGCUGAUCUGGGCAGCAUCAGGACCCCUGCCAACCCUGACGAUUCAGAACUCACUCUCUACCUGGUGGUGGCAGUGGCUGUGGUCUCCUGUGUCUUCCUGGCCUUUGUCAUUGCUCUGCUGGCACUCAGGCUGAGGCGCUGGCAUCUGUCUCGGAUGCUUCAGGCUUCAAGAGAUGGCUUAGGGGGCAUCCCUGCCUCACACUUUGUGGGAGUGGACGGAGUACGUGCUUUCCUGCAGACCUAUUCCCAUGAAGUCUCGCUCACCGCAGACUCAGGGAAAAGCCACAUUAUCUUCCCUCAACCAAACUAUGCAGAUACUCUCAUCAGCCAGGAGAGCUGUGAAAAAACUGAUUUCCUCUCAGCACCUCAGUCUUUACUUGAUGAUAAAAGAGAAGAAACCCCUCAGCAAGCCCCGCCCAACACUGACUGGCGUUUCUCUCAAGCCCAGAGACCCGGCACGAGCGGAUCCCAAAAUGGUGAUGAAACUGGCACCUGGCCCAACAACCAGUUUGAUACAGAGAUGCUGCAAGCCAUGAUCUUGGCCUCUGCCAGCGAAGCUGCUGAUGGGAGCUCUACCCUGGGAGGGGGCGCUGGCACCAUGGGUCUGAGCGCUCGAUACGGACCCCAGUUUACCCUGCAGCACGUGCCUGACUACCGCCAGAACGUGUACAUCCCUGGCAGCAAUGCCACGCUGACCAAUGCCGCUGGCAAACGAGAUGGCAAGGCUCCAGCAGGUGGUAAUGGCAACAAGAAGAAAUCGGGCAAGAAAGAGAAGAAGUAAUAUGGAGGCCAGGCCUUGAACCACAAGGCAGCCUCCCUCCCCAGCCAGUCCAGCUCGUCCUUACUUGUACCCAGGCCUCAGAAUUUCAGGGCUCACCCCAGGAUACUGGUAGGAGCCAGGGCCAUGCUCCCCGUUGGGAAACAGAAACACGUGCCCAAGCCAACACCCCCUCUCUAUACCCUAGGGAGUUGAAUAUGCAAAGAGAGUUCUGCUGGGACCCCCCUAUUCAAUCAGUGAUUGUACCCACAUGGGUAGCAGGGUUUGUGUGUGUGGACAUACACACACACACACACACACACACACACAAACCAUGCCACACUCCCUUAGUUACAGCUGAACUCCUCCAUCUUCCAACCCAGGCAGGCUUAUCCAUCUCCUGCCGCCCUCUCCCCACCCCACCCACUCCUUCAGUCCCUCUCUUUGAGCAAGGUAGCUGGGCUGUUGGGGUGACCGGUGAGCUAAGCCGGCUCCUAGUUCUGAACGGUAGGGAGAGUAUUACAAUCUUUUGGCCUCUCCUUCAGUUCAGCUUUCCCCCAAAGCAUGGUUUGGUACCAGUCUUCUCUUUUCCUUCCAGAGCCUGAGACCAAUGCUUAAGUUUUGGGGGAACAGGCACCCUCCCUCUGGUACUGAUGAUGCUUGCUGGAUUUUGGGAAGGCAUUUUGCUACUAAGCCUCUUUUCAAUGCCUGGGGACAACUAGUCUUUUGUUUUUCAUUGUUUGAUGUUCCCACUGCAUGCUGUGACUUCCCUACACCUCAAAGAAGAGACUCCUUUGCAUGUCUGGAGACAGUAGGGGGUGGUAAACUAAAGGGAAGUUGAGAGUGUAUACUGCUGGGAGUGGGGCAGUGGACAAAACAGCCUGUUAAUAGGGUCUUGCAAGGGGCUCUGUAUGUACCCAGGGGACUGGCUCAAUCCUCACAUUCUAGCCAUAGACAAACACCAGGCCAGACCCCUCCAUUCUGGUUCAGCCUGGGCAGCUUGGGCUGAGCCACCAGGACCAAUGGAUUUAAGCUGACAUUUCAGUCCAAGACGACGACUUCUAAGUGAGUUUAAGACCAGAGAGGAAAGAGGGGCCUCUGUGGGUGCUGGGUACUCCAGAGGUGCCCUUGGUGGGAGGACCAGUGGUCUUAGCAGGAAGGGGGGCCCAGCAAGGUCAUUCUUGGACCCUGGGUCUAGUCCAGUAGCUAGAAAAAGGGACCAAGUGGCCAUAAAGUCCCAGCCAAUGAUGGGGCUUUUCCAGUGGGCCCCUGUAGACCUCAAGCCCCUGGCCUCCACCUUACCAGGUGCCAUUUCUUCUCAGAAGGCCACUGCCCAGGCCCCCAGGCCGCCCCCUUGUGGCCAGAGAACGGUUAAAGCCCCCCAGUGCCUCCUUGUGCAUAGAACUUCCUCUGCCCUAGCCCUUACAGUAGUGUAGAAGAUCCCCCUCCCCCGCUGGUGUAGAAUAGCCAAUAGUAUAGUGUGGUGUGCUUUUACGUGAUGGCGAGUGGGCAGCGGGCGGUGGGCUGUACACAGCCGUCUGUCCUUUGAAUCUCAAUCUGCCUGCGCGGCCCGUGCUGUGUUUUGUGCUGUGUCCACACGCUGCGGCGACCCCUCCCUGUACUGACUUCUCUAUAAAAAGCUUCUCUUCGCAUAGUCACGUAGCUCCUGCCCAUCCCCCUUCCGAUAUCUCUCGCAAGUUUUAUACUCUAAUAUUUAUAUGGCUUUUUUCUUCGAAAAUUAAAAAUAAAAAAAUGGUUUCUUCUG